UGCGGUUUGGCCACAACUGCCGGUGUGAUCGAUGGUAAGACGGGUGCGGAUAGGAUUCGGAUCCCGUGGCGGGCCAUAUGUUUAGCGCUAUUCCUGUUUAUAGUGGGAAGUGUUGUAAUCGUUAUAUCGAUACUCAUUUUGUUUGGAUAUAUAGUUAAUAUCCAACCAAAUGAUGGUCUAUUAGUGCUGGCAUUUCUAGGGUUCGUGAUGUUUAUUCCCGGCUUUUAUCACAUCCGUAUCGCUUAUUACGCUUACUAUCGAUACGAUGGCUAUAACUUUGAAGACAUUCCCGACUUUGAUUAGACACACGAAGACAUUACAAAAUAUCACUAUUUUAUAGUUAUUUAAACGUAUUAUUAAUUUAUAUUUUUAAUAUUAAGUCAUUUAUAAUGCAAUACAUUUGUUGUGAUAUUCAUAUAUUUAAUUAAAAACAUAUUUCACUUUUAUAUCCAUGAAUAUGAAAAUAAAUUUUACAUAAAUUUUGUUUUAUAUA